AUGUCUACCUACGGUCACACCAAGUCUGCUUCCUCCUCUUCCUCUGCUUCCGCGCCGACCCCUUCCCGUCGUCGUAGCAAGAAGUCUCAGCAAGCCUGGACUCACACACACCAUCUUCCUACCGCAGAGCAACGCUCUCUCAAUGGCCGCAAGAAGGACCGCAACCUAAUCUCAUGGACUCGACCUCGGAUGUCUGACAAGCUCCUCCAAGUCCUUGUGUAUGAAUGCAACAGAGCCAAGAUCAGGUUGCCUUGGGACCAAGUUGCUCAUCGACUCAAUCCCGGCUCCAGUGGAAGCUCGAUCAUUCAGUGGCUCGGACGCAACCGCAACGACCUCAUCGCUGAAGGUCACAUCGUCCCCCCUCCCCUUUCCCCUCGCGCCGACCGAACUGUUCGCGGAGUCAUGCGUGCCGAUCUUGACGGCGACGACACCACCACCACUCGUGAAGUUCUCUUCACCGAGCCUCUUUACCACCCUGAGUACAGCUUAAGCGAUGCUCCUGAGAUCAAGGACCCUUUCACUUCUCAGAUGGAGGCUGCCAUUGGCGCCCCAGAAGCACACAUGUUCCCUGAUGCUCAACUUCCUGUCACUCCCACUCCUGUCUCUCGCCGCCGACGCCGCCGUCAUCACACUCCUCAGCCUUCCGUUGUUGAGUCUGUUGUCUCUUCUUCUCCUUUCUCUCCUCCUGGCUCCGAAGUGUCUUGCCCUUCUUCCCUCCCGGCAUCUGCAGAGUCCGAGUCUCAGUCUCCUGGCCUGUACCUGUCCGAGCCUGCUGACGACUAUCUUCCUGAACUACCUGCCGACUACGACAACGAGUCUCCCAGCGCCUACCUCGAUGAGACCGAGACCGACCCUUUCACCAACGACGCGGCAAACUUCUCUGACGAGGUCACCCCUGAGUACCAGGUGGUGUUUACCUCUCCCAUCACAGCCUCCACCGCCGCCUUCAUGAUCGAGCCGGUCGAGUCUGACUCGGAAUCGGACACUGAAGACUUUGAUGGCUACCCGCUGGUCGAGCUAGACCCGCGGGAGUCUGAGGAGUCUUCAAUGUCCGAGGAAGAGGAAGAGGAGACUGAGCCCGUUCCCGUUGCCGCUGCUGUUCCCGUCGUCGCCCCCGCUGUCUUCCCCGUCCCCUUCGACGCCGAGGCCAUCGCUGCCUCCCUCCCUCCCCCUCCCCCCUUCGAUGUCAACGACAUCACCGACUGGUCCUGGUUCCCUGCCGCCCAACUCGCGGCGGCAGAGGAGAUCAACCAGACCGACCUGUUUGCGGGACUCGACAUCCCGCGAGACAUCCUCGGCAGCGGGACUGGGGUCGCCAGCUUUCCAGCUGGUGGCCAAGGUUAUGGUUUCGACCUAACCUACCAGUUCCCUGUCGCAGGCUCUGUCGCCGACGACGUCUUCUUCGGGGCGGGUGGCCAAGGCCAGCCCGCCUUUUCGCAAAGCCUGAAGAGGAUGCGGGGAGAGGGAGAGGGAGAGGAGUCCCCUUCGAAGAGGGGUUGCCCUGGGUGGUUUAUCCCCCAGUGA